CUUGAUGUCUCUUAUUUGACUUGGGUUGCUCGCAGCCUCCUGCCCUCUUCUUCAAGAAACCCAACCUCUGAUCCAGUCCAACACGAGACCAAUAUUGAAACUUUUAUAAGCUCGAGUUUCCUUCGUUUUAAUUGGCUAAAUAUCAAGUACUCGGUGCCCAUUCGUAUCUAAAAUUAUAGUCGUAAAUCGUAAUGGUACUCCCGCUAUUGAAACUCGGGACGCUGGCAUUGAAGACUCUCAGCAAACCCGUGGCUAGCAGGCUGAAGCAACAGGCUGCGUUUCACCCCAGGUUCCGCCAGUUCAUCAUUGACAUGGCCCAGUCAAACCAUCGAUUCACAACACAAAUGCAAAGACGCUUAUAUGGUCAUGCAACCGAUGUUGAGAUUCGCCCUUUGAAUGAAGAGAAAGCCGUUCAAGCUGCUGUAGACCUUAUUGGGGAACUCUUCGUCUUCUCGGUUGCAGGAGCUGCUGUGAUCUUUGAAGUGCAUAGAAGUGCUAGAUCAGAAGCCAGAAAGGAGGAAUUACGCAAGCAAGAAUUUGAGGCAAUGAGGCAAAGAGAUGAGGACUUAGCAAAAGAAGUGGAACUUCUUAGGCAAAAACUCAAGGAACUGGAGCAGCUUGCCAAGGGACGAGGACUUGGAGGAAUUUUCAACAUCAGACAUAAUAAUACAGAAACUGGAAAGGCAGCUAAACAGGCUUGAUUUGAACAAGAGAUUCUUCUAAUAAAUUACAAUUUUUGUGACACAAUUUCUAAUGUAUUGAAUAGUUUCCCUUCAGCAAGGGGGAGUUUUACCCAAUUCUUUUGACCUCGGGUCAACUUUCCAGAUUGAGUUCUGGCUUCUCCCGGUUCAUUUGUAAAAGAAUACUACAAGAAAUUCGAAAUGCGAGUUGUGUUUUUA